AGGCGAUCAGAUCUGUUUGUAUCGCUCAUGCAAAUUCGUGUUCAUUGUUUCGUGGUCAAAUCUAACUCGUUUACGAUUUUGAAAUACUUGUGAGAAAAGUACACGAGAAUAGGCAUAAAGUGGCCAGUGUGGCCACACAGCAAGUUACAUUUCGUGACUGGAAAAGAAAAUAAAAGUUUGUGUGCUUUCAUAUUUCCGUUUCGGUUGUGAAAUUAUUUAGAUUGUAAUAAUAGUUCCAUGCCUAACGUUAAAAUACAGUCCAAAUAAAAUUUGCGUUGUGCAUAUUUAUUUGUUAUGCAAAUCGAAAUUAGCGUCGUUAUUACAUUGAAAUGAGUAAUUCUUUGGUCGUUUCUUUGUUUCUUUUGCCACCAUAAAAAAACUUUAUCGGAAACUCGAUGAAUUAUUUUAUUUGAGCCGUUUGUUGAUUUUUUGUUUCUUCACAACUUCAGUGGGUUUUCCAUAGUUUAUUUUAUUUUAUUAAAAUUUAUCGCUCCAUUUAUUGAUUACGCAUAGAACAAUUGAUUUGUGUGCACUUGUGAUGGCAGUGAAAUUCAAAUGUGAUAUUUUAUUGUGAUGGUCGGGUCUUAUAAUCAAUGAACUUGAAAGUAUCGUGAACCAUGUUGCAUUGACAAUAAGUCGAAUGAAAAAAAAAAGAAACGGAUAACAUAAUAACAAUAUAAUCGACGAUCUGAAUUGCUGGCGUCAGUAUUGUUUCAGGAAAAUGUUGCCUUUUUAGUUAGAAAAAAUUGACGCUCACUCGAACGCAAGUGAAAUUAAAGCAUACUUCGACUUUUGGAAUGAUAUCAAGUGAAAAAAGAACGUUAAAUCUCAUACAAAAUGCAGAAGCCCGAGAAACGACAUGAAUCGCGACUGAAAAAUUUUUGGCGCUCACCAAAGACAACAUCUACAUCUGAUGAAUCUACCGGAGCCGAGAGCCCAACACAUUUAAAAGGUCAAAAAUUACAACAGCUCCAGCUGAGCCCCGUUCACAAUAAACCCGCCUGUUCAUUACCACUGCUGACCAUUUGGCCCAGCCAAGACUCACCGAACAAUGUACGUGGUGAAGCAGAUGGGCAAAGUUACGUUUUUGGAAGUUAUGUGGACGAAAGCAUUGAAAAUGAGCGACGAGAUUCUUCAUUCAGCGAUCAUAUGCAUCGUGAUUCGGGCAUUGAUUCGAGUCAGGCAUCACCAUCACCAAACACAGUCACAUAUCCGCGCUCACCAAGCGGAUCACCAACACCAUCAUUAAACAAUGGCAAUAAGCCACGGCGACCUUCAAGUGCUCUUUUGCAUCCAGACCAUGCACGAUUAUUGCCGAUUUUAAGUCGCAGCCCAAAUUCACCAGAUCAAUCAUCAACUGAAGAUUUAACGGAGUAUCGUGCCGAACUCAAUCAACAAUUUUAUUUGGCCAGCCCAAGUAUAACAUCGUCAACAACAUCAAUAGCUGGAUCCAGCAAGAGUCAUCGGUAUUGUGAUGCAUGGCUUCAACAAGAAAAAGAUCCAAACCAAAGAAGACGAUCUUCAACAAUGACAAACCGUUAUUCAUUAUUCGAUGCAUUGGACUUAGAAUGUGCACUGUUGCGUGCGGCUGCUCGUGGUUCUGUUGGCCCAUAUUCGCUUAGCGAAUCAUUGCACAAAUUAACAUUCACUCAAUCGCUUGCGUUUCCAGCAUUGGCACGUGGCUUGGCCACAAAACAACGACGAACCGGCCAACAAAGCUCAUCGAAUCGGCCAUCAAAUUCGCAUGAAUCGUUGUUGAACACAUUCGCCAAAGUUAUAACGGCUCUAGUGCUUUUUGUAGUUAGCAUUUUGGUCUUUCUCAUUGUGUACAAGUUUGUGAGAACUUCGUCAUCAAUAAAUACAUUUGAAUGGCCACCAUCCCGACCCUAUGACACACAACUGAAUUUGACUGAAUCGCAAAAUUAUCGAAGUCCAUUUCACGCAUCCGCAUUUUUGGCCAAUGGAAAAAUCACACACGGCUUUAAUUUAAGGCAUUUUAAUUCAACACAUCGUAAAAUUAAGAGGUCAUCGAAAUGAACUGCAACAAUAAGUAUACAAAAUUAGCCACUUUUUGGAUCAUCGAUUGAUUUUAUAGUAGGUGUAACAAACACACAUACACACACAGAGACACACACAUUUUUAUUCAACAAUUUCGCACAUUUUAUGUGAUGCGGUUUGAGCUGAUUAACAUGAUACUUGAACGCUUUGUAAUGCAUCAAUUUAUGAUGGCAGCGGAAAUUCAAUGGAUUUGUGGCAGAAAUUGUAUUAAAUGUCGAAUUAAAAUAUAAAAUUUAAUACUUAACAAGAGACAAACACAUAUAUAACCACAAGUUCGUUGAAAGAAAAAUAAUUUACAAUACAAAAAAAAAAAACAAAUUGAAAAAGAUUGCUCUCCUAAAAUGAAUAAGGCCUCUUAACAUAUCGAAAACAGCGAAUGUGUAAUCAGUGCAGCCAGUGAAUUUAUUGAGUCAAAAACUAUUUUAUUGAUAGUUUUAAAAAUGCUUUUCUUUUAUUAAUGGAUCUUUUUUUUUCUAAAUCUUUUGAAUUUGCCUCAUGUCGAUGGCACAUCGGCAUGUAAACGCUAUUUUCUGCCUAAUAGAAUCAGCAGGAGGAAAAAAUAUUUAUAUUUAAAUUUGUAACAUAUUGCAUUUUAAUGAAGUUGUGAAUGCUUUAGCGAAGCAUUUAGUUGGAAAUUUUUGUACGAAGCCACAAUUGCUUUAUUCAAUGCGCCAUAAAGAUUUUCUGAUAUUUGGUUUCAGUUUUUGAAUAGUUCACAAUUUCCAUAAUAAAUGACGGUUAUUUUAAUGCUGCAAUUUUAAAUUUUAGACGCUGAUGAUUUUGGUUUUCGAUAUAUAAAACUAACGUUACAUUAAUCAAAUAUUGAAUAAGGUUAAAACAAAAUUGUGAUGCGGCCAAAAUGAUUAAGAUAAAUAAGAAUUAAAUAAAACUACAAAAAAAAUUAUAUUACCUAAAAAUAAGAAAAUCUACUGCACAGCAUAUACGUAUUAAAUAAGAAAUCAAACACUUCGCUUGGUUUAUCAAACAUAUAUAUAUUAAUCACAACAAGCAUUUUGUUUCUUCUCGCCUUAAUAUAUUGACGCAUUUUCUUUUUCAAUUGGAAAUAUUUGUAAACAUAAAAAUAACCAAUAGAGAAACAAAAUUGAAAUCAACAUAGUAUUACAUUACACCGACAAUCAUUUUAUGUGACUUACUCUCGUUCAGCAACAUGGUUCAAAUAUGUUCGAACAAAUUCUAGAAUGAAUCGCAAUAUGUCAUCUGUUUAUGAAGCAGUUGAAACUCAUACAACAUUCAGAACAUGAGCUGCAUGCACACAUUUCAAUGUUGUAUUGUAUGCGUUGCACGCGUAAGUUUCAAUGUAUUUAUUCAAACCAUGAAGUUUCAAGUUGGUGUUCAGCAAAUAGUUCAAUAAGAUAUACAUAACUUGAUCGUUAUGAAAACAAACAUGAACACAAUGACAUAAAAAAAGAAUAGAAAUUGCAAACUAACGAAUCGAUUCUAACUUUCAAUUUUCAGUGCCUUCUUCUUUCCUUACAAUUCAAUAUUCAUUCAAAUCAAAGAAUUCGAUUAUCACCUUCUCAGAAGUGCUUUUAUAUUUGAUGCCAUUCAACGAUGUUUGCCCAUUAAUAAAAAAGACAAACAUUUCUAAGAAAGCGAAAAAGCAUUCCUUUGAUUUGAAUCAAUGUUUUGCAAGUAAAAACGCAUCUCUGAUAUCUUUGACAAUUUCCGAUAAAUUUUUUUUUGGUCUAAAUUCUUUUAUAUAUUCAUAAUUGGUGACUUUUUUAAUAACUGUUUUCUAGUUUCUUAUUUCUCAUUCAUAAGCUCAAUAAAAUCACUGUAACGAAUGAAUGUCGACACUAAUUUUAGGGUUAUGUAUAAGUUUGAAACUUGAACCAAAACAACCAAUUGAAGAAGACGAUUAUUUUUGUUAUAUAUGAUGUUUAUUAACAUCUUCUAACUGUGUUUUAAUCGCCUUGUAACAAAGAAUCGACUUGAAUUAAUACCUAAUCUAAGUACAUUCGAUUGAUACUAUUCGAAAUUAAACAGAUUUUCGCUAUCAAUUUAUGCAAAUCUAAUGAAGUUAUUUAAACAACAACAACAACAAAACAAUAAAGAUAAAGAAAAACAAAUUCACUCACCAUAUACUGCACGGCACUUGUAACAAAGAAAGAGUACAAACCGAAAUUACCGUAGAAUGGUUUAUAAUCAAUUCAAUAUCGCAGACAAUAUUAUUAAUUGCCUAUUUGAACAGAAAUAGAUAUAUUUUACAUGUAGUAAGUUUAAAUAUGAGAAAUAAAGUGAAUUGUCACUCUCCUUGAUUCA